AGCAUCUCAAUCACAAAGUCACCGGAGAUGAACGGAGGAGGAGCAGUUGAAAGAUCGCCGACGGUGGCAGUGGCCGUGUUUAUACUAAAAGGCUCCGCUGUCUUGCUCGGCCGCCGCCUCUCCCCCAUCGGAAAAGACACUUUUGCCCUCCCCGGCGGUCGCCUUGAAUUCGGGGAGAGUUUGGAGGAGUGUGCUAAAAGGGAAGUGAAGGAGGAGACAGGGUUGGAAGUGAAGAACAUUGAGGUGGUGAAGGUGGUCAAUGAUGUGGUCCGAGAUGGUCCGAACCCGAGUCACUUUGUGACCAUUUUGGUGCGUGCUGAGCUGGUUGAGUCAGAUCAAGUUCCGGCUACCCUUGAACCUGAUAAGUGUGAAGGUUGGGAUUGGUUCCCAUGGGAUCAACUCCCCCAACCACUCUUUAGGCCACUUGAGUCCCUUGUUCACUCUGGUUUCUCUCCAUUCUCAUCACCUUCUUUGUAGGUUGUUAUGAUUUAUUAAUUG